AAAAGGCCUGAACCAAUAUGGAUGUUAUACCUUGCAUCAGAAGUAUAGCACCAACACCUAAUUAGCUCUCUCCUGAGCCCAAAGUCACUGAGCCCAACUCUCCCUUCAUGAUGCAGUGUGUGUUUUGAGAUAAAUGAUAUAACAUUAAGCUCAAGGUGGUUGAUUCUCAAGCAGUAGUGAGGCGGAAGCAAGCCAAGGGAGCUCCAUGCCCACUGAUCCCACGGGACUCACUGAAGACACCGGAACUGUACUUAAAAGUGUUGGGUUUUAAUGCACUCUGUAUUGUGGCUAUUUGUUAAACUCCUGAAGUUGUAGACUAUGGGGAGACUGUACAAUGGAAUGUGGGAUGGGAAGGGACAUAAUUAUUACAUUACUUCAAUGUCAAACACAAGAUAUGAUCAUUUCUUCUGUAUAUACUACUCUGUGUAUACAUAUGUAGGCGCACCAAUUGGAACAUGAUAGUAAUAUUGCAUGCACGUUUUGAUCAGCUAGCUGUCACACUUCAGAAAACAGUUUUGAGUUGGAGUUCAAAUGAAACUCAUAUUUAGAGUCCAGUAAUGCAGUGGUUCCCAACCUUUUUGGGCUCCAGGACCCCCUGCAUAUUUUUGAUCGACCCUGACCCCCCUGAUCUGCGGGGGUAGGGGUGCAAUUUCAUAGAAACAGCAGGAACUGCAUUUUAAAUAGCAUUAUGGCCUUUAAGUAGUGUUUGAGGUAAAUUAGCUUUUAGUUGUAACUCAGAACAAAACAGCAUACCACAAUAGGAUAUUAACAGAAAUAUGUAACUGCAUUUUUUUUUUGUAGUACCUUUUAGAAAUAUGUAAUAGAAUGGUUAUGCAGUAGGCCCAGCCACCAGGCGCGCUCCUUCGAGCCCCACCUCCAGGCCUGGCUCCAGAAGGGGACCCCGGUGACCCGCGUCCGGGCAAGGGAAACCUCGAUCCACUUAUAUUUUUCAUCAUAGGAGUCUUUUCGCCGUGCUUUGUCUGGUCCCUCGCCAAGGACCUGUUUGCCAUGGGUGACCCUACCAGGGGCGUGAAGCCACCUGUGGUAGGGGUCGGGUGCAGUGCGAGCAGGACGGUCGCCGAAGGCAGGGACCUUGGCGAUCCGAUCCCUGGCAACAGAAGCUGGCUCUAGGGAUGUGGAAUGUCACCUCUCUGGCAGGGAAGGACCCUGCGCUGGUGUGUGAGCUCGAGAAGCUCCGACAAGAUAUAGUCUGACUCGCCUCCACAUACAGCUUGGGCUCUGGUACCAGUCCUCUCGAGAGAGGUUUGACGAAUUUCAGAUUCAGGAGGAGCAGUGUGGUUUUCGUCCUGGCCGUCGAACAGUGGACCAGCUCUACACCCACAGCAGGGUCCUCGAGGGUGCAUGGGAGUUUGCCCAACCAGUCUACAUGUGUUUUGUGGACUUGGAGAAGGCGUUCGACCGUGUCCCUUGGGGAGUCCUGUGGGGGGUGCUUUGGGAGUAUGGGUUACCGAACCCCCUGGUACGGGCUGUUGGGUCCUUGUACGACCGGAGUCAGACUUUGGUCCAAAAUCCGGCAGUAAGUCGGACUCGUUUCCGGUGAGGGUUGGACUCCGCCAAGGCUACCCUUUUGUCACCGAUUCUGUUCAGAACUUUUAUGGACAGAAUUUCAAGCUGCAGCCGAGGCGUAGAGGGGGUCCGGUUUGUGGCCACAGUGCUGUUGGCUUCAUCAAGCCGUGAUCUCCAACUCUCACCGGAGCAGUUUGCGGCUGAGUGUGAAGCGGCUGCGAUGAGAAGACCAUGGUCCUCGGUCAGAAAAGGGUGGCGUGCACUCUCCAGGUCGGGGAUGAGGUCCUGCCCCAAGUGGAGGAGUUCAAGUAUAUUGGGGUCUUGUUCACGAGUGUGAGAAGAAUGGAACGGGGGAUCGACAGACGGAUCGGUGCAGUGAUACGGACUUUGUAUCGGUCCGUUGUGGUAAAGAAGGAGAUAACCCGAAAGGCGAAGCUCUCAAUUUACCGGUGGAUCUAUGUUCCUACCCUCGCCUAUGGUCACGAGGUGUGGGUCGUGACCGAAAGAACAAGAUCCCGGAUACAAGCGGCCAAAAUGAGUUUCCUCCGCAGGGUGUCGGGGCUCUCCCUUAGAGAGAGGGUGAGAAGCUUGGUCAUCCGGGAGGAUUUCAGAGUAGAGCCGCUGCUCCUCCACAUCGAGAGGAGCCAGAUGAGGUGGCUGGGGCAUCUGAUUCGGAUGCCUCCCGGGCUCCUUCCUGGUGAGGUGUUCCGGGCACAUCCCACCAGGAGGAGACCCCGGGGACGACCCAGGACACGCUGGAGAGACUACGUCUCUCGGCUGGCCUGGGAACGCCUCGGGAUCUCCCCGGAAGAGCUGGAUGAAGUGGCUAGAGAGAGAGAAGUCUGGGCGUCCCUGCUAAAGCUACUGCCCCCGUGACCCGACCUUGGAUAAGCGGUAGAAAAUGGAUGGAUAGAUGGAUGGUUAUGCAGUAGAUUUUAAAAAACGUGGGGGGGGAUAAUCAGAACCUUGCACAUUCAGGAGUUUUCCCACAGCACUUUUCUGCAGAUGUUUAACAAUAAAAGCUUUAUUAUGAAAUGAAUGGUAUGUGCUCUCUACAAUGGUAGGGGGCUCAUAAUUUCAAAGAAUGCAGAUCAUGUUAAGUUUGUAUUAACAACUCCAUGCAGUAACUUAAUGCGAAUGGGAUCUCUAUUAAAAUAAAAAUGAAUUACACUUGUGAAAUAGAUGGAAUUAGAGAAAAAAAAGUCAUCUUACCUUCUACAGUUUAGGGAGGUAAACGUGUCACAUUUGAGUAAAAUAAUCUUUUUAAAAAGAUACUUUAUUUUGACGGACUCCUUGCAAUUACACCACGGACCCUUGGUUGAGAAACACUGCAGUAAGGGACUAGGAUUUUAUGAAUUUUAGUAUUAAUUGUUGUGCAGAUAUCGACAGUCACAGGUAUAGUUUGUGAGAAAUGACAGGUAGGCACUCCUAAUUGAGGGAUCCUACCUCUUAUGUAUUUUUUGUUCCAUUAUUUCAAUAGCAAUGUUUUCUCUCUCUCGCUCUCUCUCCCCUGCUUCGUGUGUUUUGCAGCAUCCGGAUAGCAAGAUGAUGCAGAUUAACUUGACUGGUUUCCUGAAUGGGAAAAAUGCUAGAGAGUUCAUGAGAGACCUCUGGCCCCUGUUGCUGAGUGCCCAGGAGAACAUUGCUGGCAUCCCAACUGCAUUUUUGGAGCAGAAGAAGGAAGAAAUCAAGCAGAGACAGAUUGAGCAGGAGAAGCUUGCUUCUCUGAAGAAGUUGGAGGAAGACAAAAAAGAUUCAAGAGAGAGGGCUCAGUCCAAGAGCCCGAGAAGACGCAAGACGAGGUCCCCAUCGCCACGACGUAGGUCUCCAGUGAGGCGGGAAAGGAAACGUAGCCCAUCACGCUCCCCAAGACGUAAAGCUAAUCUACCUGGUGGGAGUUCACCUCCUCCACCCUUGAUGCAGCUGUCCACAAAACCUGUGGAGCAGCCAAUGGAGCCUGACACUUCAGGAAGUGCCAUGCCAGAACCAAUCAUCCAAGAAGCGUCUUCCACCAGUGAAACUGUUGUGGAGAUGGCGAAAGCAGACUCAGUGACUGAAGACAAGGAGAUGCCGCAUGAGAAAAAUAAGAAUGAAGAAAGGCCCAAGUCCAGGGAAAGGGAGAAGGAUAGUAGAAAGGAAAGACCUCAGCGCCGCUCCCGAUCUCAUUCCCGCCACCGCAAACGGCGCUCCCGUUCAAGAUCUUACUCUCCACGUAGAAGGCAGAGUCCCAGAAGAAGGUCUCCACGUCGAAGAAGCCCACCCAGACGAGCCCCCCCCAGCUCCAGAACCAGACCCAGGCGUUCUCCUGUCCGGAGGAGACGAUCUCGCUCUGCUUCAUCCUCUGGCAGCAGCUCCUCACGCUCUCGCUCACCUAAAAAAAUAAUGAAAAAAAUAUCCAACACGCCUCUACGAAAACAGCCCCACUUUCCUGAUGCCUCUAUAAGCCCUAGUCCUAGGAAAGACAGGCGAUCACCAUCACCACACGUCAGAAGGGGCAGAGGUUCGUUGUCCCCUCCCAGAUCCUCUGAGGAAGAUAAAAACGAGAGAGGCGCAACUGCAGAUUCUGUGCAGCAGAGACGACAAUAUCGUAGACAGAAUCAGGAGUCAUCUUCAGAUUCAGGAUCUUCCUCCUCAGAUGAGGAAGCAUCCAAGAGACCAAAGGGAGCACCAGGUGCCAGAAACGGUGAUGUUAAGAGGAGGCGUAGCCACACUCCUUCCCCGAGAAGGCGACAGAGAGAGGCCUCUCCUAGGAAAAGACGUUCACCAUCUCCUGGUGCACGCAGACGCCGUUCUCUUACUCCCCCAAGACGUCGCAGGACCCCUUCACCAAGACGAAGGUCUCCUUCCCCACCUUCCCGCAGACGUUAUUCUCCUCCCAUCCAGCGUCGCUACAGCCCUGUACCGCCUCAGAAGAGGAAAUUAUCUAACUCUCCUGCUAGACGUGCUUCACCAGGGCACAAACGCCGUCCAUCUAGAUCGCCAAAACGCAGAAGUUCUCCUGCUCAGCGGAGGCGCACGCCUCCCUCGUCAACAUCCCCGCCCAGACACAGAAGAAGCCCCAUGACCUCUUCUGUCCGGCAAAGUCGAGAUGCACGAUCCCCUCCUGUAGCAGCCAAUCGGCGCUCCCAGUCCCCUGUAAACCGCAGUCGCAUUAACAGAGGUUCCAACAGUCCUGUAAGACAGUUUGAAUCCUCCAACCAGCGGAGACACUCACCAUCACACAGUGAAAAACCUAUCCGAAGAGUCUCCCGCACCCCAGAGCCGCGCAGCAACCACGGACUUUCUUCGAGCCCUCAGCCUUUGAGAAGAGUUUCCUCCAGAUCUCGAUCCCUUUCUCCUCAACCAGCUGCUGUGAAACACCCAGCCCCCACAUCUGCCUCCCCCUCACCGUCUCGAUCUGCUAGUGCGUCCCCGCCACCAGCCAGAAAGGCCAGCAGUGGCUCUGGCAGCCGAUCACCCAGCAAGAAUUCAGAUGUUGAUGGCAGUGCCAAGAAGAAGAAGAAGAAGAAGGAGAAGAAGCAUAAGAAGGACAAGAAGCACAAGAAGCACAAGAAGCACAAGAAGGAGAAGAGUGGCAACGCAGGAUCUGGAGAGACCCAGCAGAACCAGGGUGGGGAUGAAGAUGGUGAAUCAAGAAAGGAAUCAGAGAGUGAAGUGGAGGACACGUUGGAUGACCUGGAGAAACAUCUGAGAGAGAAGGCCCUGCGCUCCAUGAGGAAGGCCCAGGUGUCUCCCUCACAGAUGUCCUAAAUCUCAAGGCUCCCCCUCCCGCCUCCCAACCCUUUUCACAUUAACCUUGAUGUUUGUGAUCAACCUGAUUCAACUUAGAAUGUACAAACUGUUAAUUUUGAGUUCUUUUUUUCUUUUUACAGAUUUGGUACAUUUUGAGGCAUUGCUUUUGUGUGAUUUGUCAGCCUACCAGCUAAACUGUAAAAAGCUUGUUGUCCAUACCUACUAAAUUGAUUAGCAUGGGAACAUAAAAAUUGAGGGGUUAAUUUCAAGAUGUUUUCUUCCCAAAACCAAAAGUAGUUUCCUUUUCAGAAGUGAUUGCAUGUGCAACGACUGUUUAUGAUGUGCAUGAACCACAGGUUAUGGCAUUUAGAGGAAAAGCUGCACAGUUAUGUGGUUCUGUUACCCUUACAAGUCAGAGCAGUGUCACUACUGUUUAAGAGAAAAAAAAAAAAAAAAGAAAAAAAAAUUGUCCUCAUAGCAGUGCACAAUUGUAUUUACCAGUUGGUUUUUGUGGCUUGUUCAAAAAGGAUGUUAUAAUUUAUCCAACUCAAAUUUUUUUUUCUUUUUUUUCUUUUUUGACAUCCGUGCACCAAGCUAAUCCAUGUGGGACUGCUUUGUUUCGUAUUUAGUACACCUUAUUUGUCUUGUCAUCCUUUCAGAAAUUAAAACCUUUUGUAGGA